UGUUUUUAAUCUCCCAGUUGUAUCGUUAAAAUGUUACGUUAUCGAUUAAAUGAAACAAUAAAAACUAAAGUUUGUUGAUGUCGGCCAUCUUUUACUUUGAUAAUAAUAAGCAAAUAAACACUUAUCAUGUAAACUAAUACCAUGUGUUGUUACCGUUAUUACUUCUUACGCUAAUACUAAAUGCCAUUUGUUGUAUUUUGUAACAGUUGUAACUUGUAACUGUUGUAUUUUUAAGUUGUAACUACUAGCUUGUAGCUUACUAAUUUGUAAAAUACUUAAUCCUUAAUAGAACUCUGUCUUGUUUAAUAUAAUCAAGUGUCGACGUAUGUCCAUUAUCGUACGUUAGACGCCACGUUAAACGAAUAGUAAAUCUGCAAAUACAGUAUAGUUUUAUAGCUGAAUAGUCCUUAUCGCCAGUUAUAAGUGUUAAACGAAUCCAGGACUAGAAACGAAAACAACGCUAGAGUUGAGAACGUCGACAAACCAUAGUGAGAAUGUUGAGCGACGAGGAAACAAAUACAGAACCAUCUACUUCAGAAACUACAAACUUAGCUACCAGCUCCACAAAUAGAGCUACUGAUGACGAAGACCAACGUCAGAGCACAUCCGUGGUUGAUCCAAAUGCUGGUGCACUAGAGGUGCCUGAAGACAAGUCUUUGGCUAAUACCGAUGAGUACAUCCGUCUUCGCGUCAUUACUAGUGAUAUGACCAACGAAGUGCACUUUCGUGUUAAAGCUGCCACAGCUUUGGUUCGCCUGAAACGUUCAUAUUGUAGCAAGUUGGGUUUUCAAGUGGAUGAAUUACGUUUUGUGUUUGAUGGUCAUCGAAUCACUGAUGAAGAUACACCAAAAUCAUUAGGCAUGAUAAAUGAUGAUGUGAUUGAAAUAUAUCAAGAAAGGACCGGUGGUAUGUGAUGUAAACAUGUUAAGUUAAUUUUAUUUUUAAUUUAAAAUCUGUGUUUUUUUACUGAAGUGUCUUAAAAAUUAAUUCUCAUUACUAG